AUGAAGAUAAUUGACUUAACUCCUAUUGCAACACUUUCGAGCAAUUCUAUUCUAAAGCUAUUAACAUACAUCUGUACAGACGUGGUCGAGGACAGAGAUAGCCCAAACUCUAUACAGGACGAUCUCAAAAUUAUACAGUGGAUUACAGAAAAUAGUGGCCUAGACUUCUCUGCGUCGUCUCAGGACACUUCAAACACCACUCGAUUUAUCAAAUUAAUUUUACAAAAGAUUCUUACAUCUAUCACCAACACAACAGUUGUCAAUGUAUUGGGAGCUCUCCAGGUUCUCAAAAAGCAUCCUUUGAUUAUUAACUUGUACAGACAUUGCAUUGCAUUAAUUCGAAAAAUCGAAAAGACCUAUACCAUUAGCGAAAUUGCAAACUUUGAUCAACUCUCAAGGGAGGCAUUACUGGAAACUCUAACAUAUGGAGAGAAUUAUCACUGCCUAGGCUCAAGUGACAUCUCAGUUCCUCCUCAUCAUUUUCAACAAAUUUGGAACAAUUAUUUAACAACACUCAAAAAUCUAAUGGAAACAUGGGAGAUGUUACUUUAUUGCUCAACAAAGAAGGCACCAGGACGGGUUGAAAUUUAUGAAUAUGCUGAUGAAAAUGAGAUUCGUGCUCAAGAGGAAUUUAUCAGAUAUCUGUACACUGACAAAGUUGAGCUCACAAAAACAAUGCCAUUAGCUUCUUGA